CAUUGCCCGAGGCAUGGAAAGCGCUGGCAGUGAAUCUUACUCGCCGUAUUCCUCUGACACGCCCAUCCUUUGCUACCAGUCGCCAUGACUGUCUCCGCCGAUGCGCCCAAUGGGCAGUCCACCUUCAAGUACCCGAGAAUCAAUGAACAACCCGAGAAUCCCUAUGUCAAGCUCAUCCCCGACCAGAGCAUUGCCAUCGUGCCCUCCUUCACGCUCGAGUCCGGCGUGACCAUGCGCAAUGUCCCCGUCGCCUACAAAACAUACGGCACUCUUUCGCCGGAGGGUGACAAUGCCAUGGUCAUCUGCCACGCACUGACUGGCAGUGCCGAUGUCGGGGACUGGUGGGGGCCGCUGAUGGGGGGACCGGGCAAGGCGUUUGACGUAUCCCGCUUCUUCGUGUGCUGCUUCAACAGCCUGGGCAGCCCGUACGGCAGCGCCAGCCCGGUGACGAACAAGGACGGCGACCCGGAGCAGGGCCUAUACGGGCCCGAGUUCCCGCUGACGACGGUGCGCGACGACGUCAACCUGUUCAAGCUGAUUCUCGACGACCUCGGGGUCAAGCAGAUCGCGGCCGUGGUGGGUGGCUCCAUGGGUGGGAUGCUGGUGCUCGAGUUUGCCUACUUUGGCCGUGACUACGUCCGCUGCAUCAUUCCCAUCGCGACGUCGGCGCGCUACAGCGCGUGGGGCAUCAGUUGGGGCGAGGCGCAGCGCCAGAGCAUCUACUCAGACCCCAAGUACGACGACGGGUACUAUGCCUUCGAGGACCCGCCGUCGACGGGGCUGGCGGCCGCGCGCAUGUCCGCCCUUUUGACGUACCGGAGCCGUGACUCCUUCGAGUCCCGCUUCGGCCGCAACAUCCCCAACCCCUCGCUGCGCCAGAACAUCAACGGCGUGCAGCGGCCGUCGUCUUCGGCCGGGAACGAGCAUUGGGCCAUCCACAACGAAGGGCAUAAGAACGCGCGGUCGCCGCGGCCGUCGCGCGUGGGCUCCAGCGCGGACAUUGCCUCCACGGUGCCCGCGGCCGCGAAGACGGACGUCGAGAUGAGCGCGGCUGCUGCGCCCGCGACGCCUCCCCCCACGACCCCGACCCUCACGGGCCCCAUCCGCAACAAGAAGCGCACGCCGACCUACUUCUCCGCGCAGUCGUACCUGCGCUACCAAGGCGACAAGUUCAUCAAGCGCUUCGACGCGAACUGCUACAUCGCGAUCACGCGCAAACUCGACACGCACGACGUAUCACGCGGACGGGUCUCAUCCGAAAACAACGACGAAGACGAAGACCUAACCUCGUCAACCACCUCACUAAGCUCGACGUCGCUGCUGCGCACCUCGCUGUCGCAGAUCACGCAGCCGACGCUCAUCCUCGGCAUCCAGUCGGACGGGCUCUUCACCUUCGCCGAGCAAGAAGAGCUCGCGGCCGGCAUCCCUGGCGCCGAGCUCAAGACCAUCGACUCCCCCGAGGGCCACGACGCCUUUCUCCUCGAGUUCGAGCAGGUCAACGGCCACCUGCAGGCGUUCCUGCACGCCUGCUUGCCGGACAUCAUGGCGCGCACGCCGAGCGAGGCCGUUGCGGCCGCGGCGCCCGCCGAGGAGCUCGGCGUCGCGAAGAGCAGCACGUUUGGCGAGGCGGAGGUCGACGAUAUCACGGCUUGGUAG